GAAGAGAAGUGCAAGGAAAUGCGUUGUUUGGCCAUCUCAGACUAGACCUAUCAUGAUGUAGAUGCUCAUACUCUCUUCCAGUUUUCAAAACUCGAGAAAACAGGGCAAGGUUCCAUCUUGGAAGCACUAUAUGUAACUAUAUGGUCCAACGCAAUAAGGAAAACCCCCUAACAUUGCUGGUCUAUGACUCGACAAUAACCAUCAACUUCGAGAAAGCCCCGCGUCAAGACUCAAAAGUAUUCACGCCGAGAGUUAAGGGGAUGCACGAAGAGCGCGGGAUCAACUAUACACAGGAAGCUAGCAUUUAUAGCGAUAGGUUGGAUUUUAAGAGGGCGAAGGAGUUGAAUGAGCAAUGCCUGCUGCUCGGGUUCAAGUGUACGUCGUCAGCUUAUUUCUGGUUGCGUUUCGUGGUCUAAUCGCACGUGCAUGUUCGUUUGGUAUUGGGACUUGGCUGACGAACGAGGGCGAUGGGUAUGAGGAAUAAAGCAAGUCGUUGAAAACAUG